UUCCAAUCCGAGCGGCAGCAGCAGAGCGGGACGGUGGCCGUGGAUGCGGGGAAGUCGUCUCUUUCCCAACACAUUCUUGUUUUUUGUUGUCUGUCGGAGUGAUAUUUUCACUCCAAGCCUGCACUGAUUCAUGGCGGGGGCUAUUAUUGAGAACAUGAGCACCAAAAAGUUGGUGAUAGUGGGAGUUAUUCUGCUGCUGUUCCAGGCGUUUGCCUUCAUGGUCGGCGGUUUAAUUGCUCCCCGUCCCACCACGGCAAUCCACUAUCUGGCGUCAAAGUGUGUGGACAAAAGCCACGGUCCUGGAAAAUGGUUUAUGCCUUGGGGUCCUAACCAGUGUGAAAAGAUCCAGUCCUUUGAUGAGGCCAUGGCUAAGAAGAUUGAAGCCAACAACAUUGUGUUUGCUAUCCACAUUCCUUUGCCCAGCAAGGAGAUGAGCCCGUGGUUCCAGUUCAUGCUUCUUGUCCUGCAGUUUGACAUCGCUUUUAAGAUGUUCAACCAAAUAGAGCAUGGCGCUGUGGUCACCAUUGAUGUGAGGCUGGGCUAUUCAAACGAUAACCUGGAGCACAGGAAUUGGACAGAGAUGGCGCACUCCUUUGAACAGCGAAAGCUCAACUGUAACUUCACCACAGCCAAGACCUUUGAGAAUGAGGGCCGCUACUAUGAGUGCGACUUGCUGCCCUUCAUGGAGCUGGGCAGCGUGGCCCAUAAGUACUUUCUUAUCAACAUUCGCCUGCCUGUCAGCGAGCGCAAGAAGAUCAACGUGGGUAUUGGAGAAAUCAGGGACAUUCGAUUGGUUGGCAUCCAUCAGAACGGGGGCUUUACUGAGGUGUGGUUUGCCAUGAAGACCUUCCUCACCCCCAGUAUCCUCAUCAUCAUGAUCUGGUACUGGAGACGCAUUACGCUGAUGAGUCGGCCUCCUGUGCUGCUGGAGAAGGUAAUCUUAGCUCUCGGAAUCUCAAUGACGUUCAUCAAUAUUCCGGUGGAGUGGUUUUCUAUCGGCUUCAACUGGACCUGGAUGCUCCUUUUUGGAGACAUCAGGCAGGGCAUCUUCUACUCCAUGCUGCUCUCCUUUUGGAUCAUCUUCUGUGGAGAGCAUCUCAUGGAUCAGACGGAGAGGAACCGCUUUUCAGUCUACUGGAAACAAGUUGGGCCAAUUGUCUUUGGCUCCUUCUGCCUCUUUAUCUUUGACAUGUGCGAGAGAGGUGUGCAGCUGACGAACCCCUUCUACAGCAUCUGGGCAUCUGAUGUGGGAACUGAACUUGCUAUGGCAUUCAUCAUUGUGGCAGGAAUCUGUGCCUGUUUCUACUUCUUGUUUCUCUGCUUCAUGGUUUUUCAAGUGUUCCGCAACAUCAGUGGUAAAAGGAUGUCACUGCCUGCCAUGUCCAAAGCCAGACGGCUGCACUAUGAGGGUCUGAUUUUUAGGUUCAAGUUCCUCAUGUUGGUCACUCUAACCUGUGCAGCAAUCACGGUCAUCUUUUUCAUCAUCAGUCAGGUGAACGAGGGCCACUGGCACUGGGGUGAUUACACGGUGCAGGUUAACAGCGCCUUCUUCACCGGAAUCUACGGCAUGUGGAACCUCUACGUCUUUGCCAUCAUGUUCCUCUACGCACCAUCUCACAAACGCUAUGGAAACGAGCAGUCCAGUAGUCAGUGCAUCGCUGGAGAUGCUGCAGCAAACAGUGCAGAGGAUAUCCAGCUGACGACUACCAUUACCCAUGUGGACGGACCCACUGAGAUCUACAAGAUGACUGGCAAACGGGCUGAAGAGUAGGUCUCGUGCUCUUCUUCAAGCAUCUUCACCGACCUACUGUUCCAUUUAUCCUUUUCCUCGUGUACGUAAUAAAAAACAAUUUAUUUUCUCUUCAUAUAUACUCUGGCCCUACAGCGGCGUCAGUGCAGCACCUCACAUAUAUCCACUGCACAGUAACUACUCCACAAAGCUGGACGUGGCACUGGUGUCAGAAAGACCCUGUUUGGGCCCUAAAGGCCGAAUCAACACUCCUGUCAGUCCUUUUCAUUUCAUGCUCAACACAUUUCAUACUCUCCGUCAACUUUGUGUGUUUUUGUAAAUGUUGCACAAUGCUUUUGACACCAGGUCAGUUCCAGGAAAGCUGCUCUAUAAAGCCAUCUCUUGGUAUUUGGCAGAAGUCACACUCCUGUUACUAACUUUGUGAAAGACUUUUUGUCAUUGAUACACAUCAGAUUUUUGUUUGUUCAAAUAUAAUCACUGGGACCGAUUCUUGUGCUCUAUGAUCUACAAUAUUUUCACUCACUAUGUGUGUGUCUCUCACACAAACACACUGUAGAUUACGUAGGUUGCUGCUGUUAUUUUGUUGUGUAGUGGUGUUCUUUUCAUUGUUUAUCAUGGGAGAAUGUACGGGCCACUUUGUAGAAUGCAUACUGUACGUUCACCAUGUUACAUUGUAGAUACCUAUUUUUUAAUUAAGUGCUUGUUUUGAACUUCACACCAUAUAGUACAUUAUGUCAUCACUGACAGAGAUACCUGUAGUAGCUUUCUACACAUGGGUCUUUUUUGAUUUGCUUUUUAUGCUGAUUUAAAUAAAAUAAAAAAAAACUUUUACAUAA